CCUGCAAUCAAAUUCUAAAACAGACUCCAACGGACUUCCCCCUUUUCCGUCGGCGGCGGACGCCACCGUGAAAAGACCCACCCAAAAAUGUCGGCCAUCUCAACGCCGCGGCACCUCCGCUCGCCCACAUUCAAAACGCCUCACAAAAACCCCAUUUCGAUUCAGCUCCGGAACAAGAUUCAGUGCGAGCUCAGGAACACUCCUUACCCUCCCCAGAAGUGGACCGUUGACUGCGUCUCCUCCACCGACCCCAUUCACAUCAUCCUCAAACCCCCAAGCUCGACGUCGAUGGCCGCCGCGCUCGAUCCCUCGGUCAAGAACGCGAAAAGGGUCUCUCUCUUCUACUGCUCCGAGAUGAAGGAUCUCGCCCACAGGAUCGCCUCUGAGUCCGACGCCAUUGAGCUUCGCAGCAUCAGCUGGGGGACAUUUGAGGAUGGGUUUCCCCAGCUGUUCAUAUCCAAUGCUCAAGGUGUUCGUGGGCAGCACGUGGCUUUCCUAGCUUCAUUCAGCUCGCCUGGAGUUAUAUUCGAGCAGUUGUCAGUUAUAUAUGCCCUGCCGAAGCUCUUUGUAGCAUCUUUCACGCUUGUACUGCCGUUUUUUCCGACGGGCACAUCAGAACGUAUGGAGGAUGAAGGGGACGUUGCCACAGCAUUCACGCUUGCGAGGAUCUUGUCCAAUAUCCCGAUCAGUAGAGGCGGGCCCACAAGCUUAGUAAUUUUUGAUAUUCAUGCUUUGCAGGAGAGAUUCUAUUUUGGUGAUAAUAUUUUGCCGUGCUUCGAGAGUGGUAUACCGAUGCUAUUGAAUAGGCUGCAACAGCUUCCUGAUUCUGACAAUAUAACAAUAGCCUUCCCAGAUGAUGGUGCAUGGAAAAGGUUCAACAAGCAGCUACAGCACUUCCCGAUGGUUGUUUGUGCCAAAGUUAGGGAAGGUGAUCAAAGAAUCGUGAGAAUUAAGGAGGGUGACCCAAAGGGACGUCACGUUGUGAUAGUUGAUGACCUUGUCCAGUCAGGUGGCACUCUAGCCGAGUGUCAGAAAGUGUUGGCAAAACAUGGAGCUGCAAAGAUAAGUGCUUACGUGACUCACGGAAUAUUCCCCAAUAAGUCUUGGGAACGGUUUAAACAUGAUGAAGGAGGGAACCCUGAGAGUGGAAUGAGUUACUUUUGGAUAACGGAUUCAUGCCCGGAGACCGUGAAGCAGGUGAAACACAAGCGGCCGUUUGAGGUUAUAAGUCUUGCUGCUGCCAUAGCAUCUGCACUGCAGAUUUAAGUUUGUUUUUACAUUUUUUUGUUACUAAUAAAACACUUGAGGAUCUUUUGCUUUCUCUCUUACUUGUUACUUUUCGCCACUGUAUUUAUGUUG